UUCAAAAAAAGUAGAUUGGAACACAAAAGAUUUGCACAAUUUAUAAAAUAUUCAACAGUAUUAUUGAGCUGGCGUUAGAAUUACUAGAGCAAUAGAGUAAUAUAAAUUGAAAUUAAAGAGGAAAAUGUGGAAUAAGAUCGGUGUUUUAUCAGAAGACGAGGUGUUUAAUGACACAUUCUCGGUGAAUACAUUAGUUCGCAUCGACAACAGUGAUCCAUUUUCGAUUGUUCGUGACCCAAAGUUACGUGCCACCUUUCGUAAUGAACAUGUGGCCGUGGCCAUCGAUAAAAUUUUACAUUUGCUGCAAAAAGACUUGAUUUAUGGCCAGAGUGAACAGACAAAAGUAAUUGCAUUCCCAAGCGAUAUUGAUUGCAUUACCAUAUCACCGAACGGCACAUUGAUAAUAUGUGGUCUAUUGGAUGGAAACAUCGUCGGAUUGCGGUUAGAUAGCAUGGAAAGAGGACCUGUGUUUGACACGGCGAUCAAUAAUCAAAACAUUGCCGAUCCAACAAUUGCCCAAAGUCGUACAUUCGUUGAUGUCAUCGAGUGGAACUCGGACUACUAUUUUUGCUGUACAAACGGCGUAAUUUAUAGGUUACAUGGAAUCGAAAAUGCAAUGGUAAAAUUGGAACCGGGUUUGAACUUUAAUGAAACGAUUUCCAAUAAUAUUAUUCUGGAUGUGGUCAAUCCAAAACGAACGAAUGUCUCCAUAUCCUCAUAUUCAAUAACCUGCUACAAUGGCGAACCCAUGCACAUUUACUGUGGCGAAGAUCACAUUUUCAUGAAAUCAAGCUACGUUGAGCAGCGCAUUCGACUGGAUGGCAUCAAACAAGUUCAAAGCGAUAACAUUAUGUUAUUUGCUUUAACCGAAAAUGGUGGCUUGUAUGAACUCUGUCCAUACACUGGUUCCGUGGAUCGCAUCGAUACACCGGAAAAUGUCAUUGAUUUUAUUAUAACUGCAACAAAUGAUGACGGCAUCGAAAUACUUGCACUCACCGAAAAUGCGGCCAAGUCACGAUCUCUGAAGGUGUUUGACUAUUCAAACAUGAAUUGUAAGUGUUCAUUGCCAGUGUCAAAUCAAAUUUGGCUAAUCGAACAACCAAAGUCAUCGGCCAGUAUAUUUUACUUUGGUGGCAAUCGAUCAUCUAGUUCGAAUUUUGUGGAACACAUUAAUUUGCAUAUGGUAUCCGAAUCGCAACCCGAAAAACGUCUUCAUACUCUACUGACCAAGGGAAUGUUGGCUGAAGCUGAGGAUUUGGCGAAGAAGUUCAAUCUGGACCCACAACCGAUCUACGAAGCAAAGGCCAAACGAAUUCUUCAAGAUAUGGGAUCAAUCAAUCAAAAUGUGGAGGCACUACAAAAACGUCUUAACCAAUUGAUUGAUGUUGCCAAACAAAUUAAAAACACUGAAUUUCUGCUUCAACUGCGAAACCUCGAAAUGCCUGAUAGAAAGGUCAUGAAAACUCUUCUCGAUUUUUUGGCCGAGUACAUUAAGUUUGAUAAUUAUCCAAAAAUUGGCGAGGAGAUCAAAGAGCAAUUGCUUCGGUUAAAUACCCUACAGCUGAUCGAUCAAAAUGAAUGUAUGAUGCACUGGCAAAAGUUUGUACAACAUCAAAAUCUGGGAAAUUAUUGCAUUAAAUAUAUGGAAACGAACAUCUCCGCUGCAUGUUUGAUAUUGAAGCAGCAUGCAUGCUGUAUCAUACCAAUUUUGAAACAUGAUACAGCCGUUAAAAUGUUGCGAGAGAUUCCACAAGAGAUAGAGCCAUUCGGAAUCAUCCAAUGGAUGCGACACUAUUUCCCAUUGGUAGCUGAAGAAUUGCCAGAUACAAUGCCGAAAAUAGUUGAUUGGGUCAUCACAAAAACAACAUCCUACGAGCGUUCAAACGAUUGGCCAGCUAUCGGUAUUGAAUUUGGCAAGAAAAUGCUGGACAUUUGCAAAGGCGUUAAAUUCACUUUUGCGGAUCAACGGCGCCAUUACGAUUUAAGUAUCGAAAGACUGAGCAAAGUCAUCGAUGCAAUGGAAGAGCUUCUGAUUUUGAAGAAUCAAUAUAAUCUGCACGUAAAUUUCGAUGAAUAUUAUGAAAAUACAAUUGAAGAAUGUGCCUUUAAUUUGUUGCAACGCAUCAAUAUCAAAAAUCUGCCCGAUCUAGUGAAUAAGUUUUUAUUUGUGGUAUAUACUGAAAAAGGUAUAAAACUGCAAAACACAUUGACCAGAUACAUUGAAUAUUUAAUGAAUCAUCGUUCGGCGCUUCGAAUGUGGUUGGCUCGAUCGGUGGCUUGUUUGAAAUUGAUCACAAAUCAAGAGAUAAAAUUGCAGUAUGCAUUGAAAAUUGCAAAAUUGUCAUCGGUACCAUGGCCACAAGAAAUGCAUCCGAUCAUUCAGUUUCGAACGUCAUCACAUCAUUAUGCAAAAGAGAUUGAUAACGAGUAUAAAAUGCAGCAAAUCAAAAUGUUACGAAUGAAAUAUGGAUGGCGGCCGGACUCAAGUGGCAAUCAAAUGAAAUGUGUACUUCGUAUGGUCACACAAAAUCGUGAAGAAUUGCUUGAAGAUUUGGAAAUUUUUAAAAAAUUCUCCUCCGACGAAUGUUCGGAAACAAAUUUUUACUGUGUAUACCAUUUGGCGCGUGACGGUCACAUUCACAAAGCACUCGAGUACCUUAAAACUCUUGACGAAGAAGAAGCGCGUACGUGUUAUACAAAAAUCGCAAAAAUUACACCAAAAAUGAUAUGCGAUUACAUGAACAAGCCAGAGUAUUACGAAAACUUGAUGGAACUAUUGCGAUUUGUGAUGGAUAAGGAUAUUGGCGAUGAAAAUAAAGAACUGAUUAAAGACCUGAUGAAUUUACAAUGGUUGAAAAAGAGUGCAUUGAAUAUGACCGUUACUCUGGAUGAAUUGAUGAACGAGGAAAAGGUCAUGGGUUAUUUGGACAUCGGUAUCGCUAGGCUGCUUACACUUUUACGGGAAAAGGAACGAUUUUUGGCCAAUGUCAUUUGGCAGAAUGUAAAAGUGUUAUCGGCAGCUCUGAAAGUGAAUAAGUUUGAUGUCAUUUUCAAAUUGGCGCGAACCAUUAAUAACGUUAAAUUUACAACAUUAUUGGCGAAAAUCUUCCGCGAUGAUAAUGCUGGUAGUAAUGAAUAUUAUGUCAAUAUGGCCGUAAUGUUGAUCGCUCAACAAUAUAAAGCUUCCGCUUCGGAUACCGUUUGUCCGGAUGUCGGCGAGUCGUAUGCAUAUCCAAUGGCACAUUUUUAUGCACAAAAAGUCAAUGGGAUGGACGUUGUUGAUGUACAGCAAUUGAUUCACUUUGCUAAAAUUGGACUGAAUGCAUUCGAGUUCACACAAUUUCAGCAAUUUCUCGAUGGCAAUGUCGAUGAAGAAGAUGAGACAAUUCAAGAUGCGCUUGAAAGUUUAAAUAAAUUGGAAUCGACUUCAACGCAUCGACGACGUGACUCGAUGUCAAUCUUUGAUGAAGUGAACCACGUUAAUCCAAUUCCUGUGAUUGAACAUAAGAGUGCUGCCGUUAUCCAGACAUUGUCAAUGGUUCUGCAAGCUGUGGUGUGUGAAUUACAACCAACAACACCAUUUUAUAACCAUUUCAAGGAUGUCAUCAGUACAAAUGAACCUUUUGAACGUAAUAAGUUCAUGGCGUCUCUGGACCAAUUGAACAAAAUGAAAAUGCACACAACUGUAUUUUCAAUUAUCCAUUGCAUUCGAACACAACAAAUGUACACUACUAAUAAAGUUUUGGCUGUCAGUUUAGAGGACAUCUACAUUCAAAAGAUAUUGAAGUCGGCACUUCAUCAAAAAGAGCCACAAUUUCAUUUGCUUGUUCCGAUUCUUCGGUCACAUUCUGAUCCGGAGAGAGCAUUGCGAAUGCUCACUGAUGAGUUAAGAAGUGGCCUUUCAAAGAUGAACUGUUUGCAAUUGACUGAAAAUUAUUGUGAAUUAGCCGGCGAUGCCACCGAAGCACGAGCGGCCAAAGAAGCACAUUUGAAGUACAAGUACUAUAUGCAAUUGCGACAACUUGAUCCAAGUAUUAAAGAUGAUUUCCAAAUCUCAUUCCCCGAGCUAUUCACUACGUUGAAUCAAAAAAUGUUUGACAUCCACUUGUUGGAGAGAAUGAGCAGAGAUUUUGAGUGGAAUUUCCAAAAAGUACUCGUUACGCAGAUAAGCACCAUUCUAAGUGUACAAGAGUUUGAAUUCGAAACCCAAACGAAUGAAGUGAACGAAGAAAUAAUCAUUGUGCAAACAUCACCCGAAAAAUUGCGAGCAUUGUGCGAACCGUAUCUUACGCAAGUAACCGACAUGAAAUUACUGAGUCUUUACUUGUACGAUGUCAUCAAUAACAUUAAUCCGUACUUCUAUGAGCUUUUCCUUUGUGUGCUGAACAUAUUGUCGGAAAUUCGUGAGCUUCGUGUUGAGGUGCAACAAUGGAGUCACAUUUUACUAUUUUUAAAGCAUAAAAUGGUGAAAAUGCGUGAACGACGUGUUGGACAAUUCGAAACUGAUUGGUGGAUUCGAAGGCAAGGUGAUUCAACAAUCAUGCCGAAAGUAUCAAAAUAUCGUUUGCCAUUUUUGAUGGUGGUCACGGAAUCGCUACAAGAUUUUCUCGGUGAUGUCGUCACGAUUGAAGAUUGUGUUGAAUGGUUUCCGUUGGUCAAAUUCUAUUCGCAUAUGCAUGGAAUGGUGAAUCCGAUUGAAAUUGACCAGGAAAAAGAUGCACUGUGCAUGACAGUAUUCAAAAAAGUGUUGAGCGAGCGUCAAACAAGCAGCAGAGAAAAUAGUACAUGGGGUCUACAGCCCGCUAAUAACGCAUUUUUGCAAUCGGUGAUGAAUGUGGUGAGCCAUAUGAAAGACACUCAUCGUAUUUUAUUGGUUUUGUAUAUGGUAUUAAGCAAUGCGCCGGAAGGGGCUGACCAAUUGGAAGCCGCACACCAAUGCUACAUAUUCGUGAAGAAAAAUCAAACCACAUUGAAUGAAGUUCAACGAUCUAAAGAGCUGGCGCUCAAGAUUAAAAGCAAAUAUUCCAUACUUAAAGUACAGCAUCAAUUGCAUUUGUAUGGUUUGUACGAUGAUGAUUUGUCUGAAUUGAUAACAAAUCCAGUGGAAUUGAUAAAAGCAUUGUACAAUCGAGCAAAUAUCAAUAACGAUUCGAAAUGCGACAUUAAUAAAGUGGCUGAAGAAUUUGCCAAAUUAUUCAAACUCAAAUUCUAUGACGUUCAAUUGGGUCUAAUCAAGCAAUGGCUUGCGGUCGGUCCGAGUGAUGAGGGCAAUACACUUGAGCAAACUCUUUACGAUGAUGAAUUGAAUUCAACCAUAACACCGAAUAAAGAUGACAACGAAAAUGCAAAUCUUUCCGUUGAAAAAGCGUAUUAUAUUUUAAAGUCAUGGGAUCCAGUAAAGUCCAGUCAAUUCAUAAUAAAUAACAUAUUUACCGGCCAAGGUGAUAGCGUGAACACCAGUCGUCAGCUUCAGUUAUUCGAAUGUCUCAUUAAAUUGUCAAACGAAGACAUGAAUCCUUCGUUCUUGCAAUUUGUCGAAGAAUCGAAAUACAUUGCUCUCAAGUGUGUGCACCAUUUAAAACCAUUUGGCUAUAUGUUAUCGAUUGAAAAGUUUCAAUCGUAUGACAAAAUUAAAAUCUUAAAGCAAAUUUGGUCAUCGCAUGCAUCAAAUCCAAAGGCAUUGAGUGUAAUCACGUACAUUUGCUUGGGAUAUGACAUUUAUGAGCCAAAGAUCUGGAACAAUGUUUUAAAACAAAUGGUUGUACUUCACAUGGCCGAUGAACUCAUGACGAUCAUUAAUAAAAUUUCAAUCAAACCAGAAAUUGUGCACUCGGAUGGUAUUGUUAUUGCCUACAACUAUUUAAUUCGAUUACCAUUCAAAAAUAUGGUGAAAGUACGUUCGGAUGUACAAGAUGAAGCACUUUCGAAGGCAAUAUUCAUUCUUCAAUCGUGCCCAGUUAAACACAAACUUAAUUUUGUGGAUUUGGUUGAAACGUGCAUCGCUUUGAAGCAAACGCAUUUUGGUGCCAUUUUCUUGGCACUAUCCAAUGAUGACCUUAAGCCACAAAUUAAAAAGAUGUUGAUGCCAAACCGCCACGAGACACUGAAGGAGGAAAUCAACAAUUUGGAAGAGUACGAUGUUUUUCCAUUUGUCACCUUGCAAGCUGUUAAACUAUUGGAAUUAUCGUAAUAGAAAAAACUGCUCCAAACAUAUCCGUUUUGGCGAAUUGAUCAAAACUCAAGUGUGCUUGUGUUAGAAAUUAAACGUUUAUUAAGUUUAAGUUUAAGUAUUCGAGUUGGCUCGACAACUGUAAAUAUUCAUUUACUACAACUACAAUAAGUUUGAUAUAAUUUACAUCAAAUCAUCAAAAAUAAAAAUUAAAAUCAGAAUUAAUACAAAUGAUCGCGAUUUAAAUGAUCGGAUUAAUCUCGUAUCUCAUACAAAAAAGGCACAUGAUCAUACAUUUUAGGCACAAUAUUUCAAAUACAUAAUAAUAAUAAUUGUUAAAACGAAAAUCAUACAAAAUAUGGAUAUUAUCC